AAGACUGCUGCUGCUGCUGCUGCUGCUGCGGUGGCCCCGACCAUCAUGUUUAUGCUCACCAUCAUUCUACAGACAGCCCCCUCUUUAUGGGUGCCCAUUAUAGAUAUGGUGUUUAUAUUUUGUACGUGGGAAGCGGAAAUAGUGGGACUUGAGUUAAAGAGAAGGGUGGCUUAAGGCCUCGCUCUGUCCCGGAUGAGAGGCUGACAGGUGGUGGGAGGGCUGGCGGGGAACAACUUAUUCACGCUUGUCGUCAUGGUGGCCACAGGCGCGCACUCUACCCGCGCAGACACGCACUCAGUAUUCACCCCAAAACAGACUCCACGAAUAGACUCAACAGUGAAAGUCGGCGCGUGUGUAUGGCGAGAUUGUGUACGCAGUGUUUGUACGGGUGUAUGUGCGUGUGUGUGUGUCCGGUGAGGAGGGAAAGAAGAAGAAGUGCUAGUGGCUGAGGUGCGAGUCUAUGAAAUAGCGGUGCGGUAUCUCAGGACGGCUGGGAAAUUGAUCCGCGCAUGGCCACUAGACGAGGCUGGCUGGUCUGCGCACCACCUCAGUUGUGGAGCAGCUGGCGCGGGAAUCACCCUCCUCUGCCCAGCUUGCGAUUCAUCCGCGGUGUUAUGCCGAGUGUUCGAAGGCGGGAGUGACCUGGAGUGAGCAGUGGCCCUGGCAGUGAUUGCGGCGCUGAGUAAAUAUGUACAAAUAGGUGGGUACGGCAGGGCGGCAUCCCCAGCGGCCGAGUGCGUGCGUGCUGUUUGUGACUGUCGUGGCUCGCACAGGCGCUUGCCCCCACCACCAACAUUCCCCCGCACAGCAUGGCCUCGGUGGCCGCUUGGUUGCCCUUUGCUCGAGCAGCUGCCAUCGGAUGGGUUCCCAUCGCCAACAACCCCCUGCCGGCGCCGCCCAUCGCCAAGGAUAAGCGGCGGCCGGAUGAUGAGAAGCUGCAAAUCAAUGUGUCGGGCAGGAGGUUCGAAACCUGGCGCAACACACUCGAGAAAUACCCUGACACACUUCUCGGCUCCAACGAAAGGGAGUUUUUCUACGACGAGGAAACCAAAGAGUACUUCUUCGACCGAGACCCAGACAUAUUCCGUCACAUCCUAAACUACUACCGCACGGGGAAGCUCCACUACCCCAAGCACGAGUGUCUCACCAGCUACGACGAAGAGCUGGCGUUCUUCGGCAUCAUCCCAGACGUAAUCGGUGACUGUUGUUACGAAGAUUACCGUGACCGCAAACGCGAAAAUGCCGAACGUCUCUUGGACGACAAGCUCUCCGAGAGUGGAGAGCAGGACAAGUAUGUAUAUCGUACAAUACGUGAACGCAUGUGGCGAGCCUUUGAAAACCCACACACGUCGACGGCGGCAUUAGUGUUUUACUACGUGACUGGGUUCUUCAUCGCCGUGUCGGUGAUGGCCAAUGUGGUAGAGACGGUGCCGUGCGGCCGCCUCCCGGGCAAGAAGGAGUCGCAACCCUGCGGAGAGCGCUAUAAAAUUAUCUUCUUCUGUGGUGACACGGCGUGCGUCAUGAUCUUCACGGCUGAGUACCUUUUGCGUAUGUUUGCGGCGCCCGACCGCUGUAAGUUUGUUCGCUCUGUCAUGUCCAUUAUUGACGUGGUGGCCAUUCUACCCUACUACAUUGGUCUUGGCAUCACCGACAACGACGACGUGUCUGGAGCCUUCGUCACCCUUCGAGUGUUUCGCGUGUUCAGGAUCUUUAAGUUCUCCCGCCACUCGCAGGGGCUGCGCAUCCUGGGCUACACGCUCAAGUCUUGCGCCUCUGAGCUGGGUUUCCUCGUGUUCUCCCUCGCCAUGGCUAUCAUCAUCUUUGCCACCGUCAUGUUCUACGCAGAGAAGAACGUUGAAGAAACCACCUUCACCUCCAUUCCUUCGGCGUUUUGGUACACCAUUGUCACCAUGACGACACUAGGGUGAGUGUUCCUUCCACCUCCGUAACAGGUUUCCUUCCACUCACCGUUUUUCAAUAUUUUCAGCAGCAGCGAUGCCAAAGUUCUUUUUAGAUUUCACUGACCAAGGUUAACUUUUUUUUUUCUUAAUUCCGCCUAAUGGAUCGAUUUUCUCGCAGAAAUCCUCAAUAUUGCAUUUAUAUUGAUUUCUUUUGUCGGUACGUUCUCCUUCUCCUUUUUUUCUCACCAGACAGUUAGAUAAUAAUAACUCCUGAAAUCGCAUGUUUAUAUUGGUAGAGCAAGCCCAUGAGUACACGAUCACGCUAAACAAUCAUCGGAGUUGUCUGUCCUGGUGGCAGAACAGGCGUGAAGAGCGAGUGGGAGUGGGAGGAAAAGAAUUUCACACACCGAGUAGGAGAGUUGAUGCGAGAAGAUUUGAAGCGCCUGAGAACGCUCAUGGGUGAGCGAGUGAGCGAGUUUAUCAAUUCAGAGAGUUUACUGAGCAGCGAGGCGAGUGUUUGCUGCGGUUGUAGUGUUUGUAUGCAGGAAGAGCCUUAGGAGAAGCAGUGAAGGCCUUCCCUGGCACCCAAAGCAGCAGCAACGGCGGCGGUGGUGCGGGCGGCGGCGGCGUUUCGCGGCUCGAGUUCCAUCGUCUGAGAUCAAAGGUCAGGUGUCAGGGAUCAGUGGUGUUCGUCCUUCGCCUCCCAACACGCCAUACGCCGCCUCUAAGUGGAGCGGUGAAGAGGAACAAGUAUCCCGAAGCUUGAUAGGGAAUAAAAUCGUUUGGGAAAUUGGGGAUGUUGUAAAUAAACAAUGUAAACAAAUACGGAGCAGACACCAA